AUAGACAAGACAAAUAAGAUUUGUGGUUGUCAAACUUGAAACUGGCUCUUCUUAUGGCGUCUUGUAAUUCUUGGAGAUUGUGUUAUUUAUAUUAGUAUUCUCCCUGCAAUUUGUGUUCUAUUGAAGUAAUACUUACUUAAGUAUGUCGUCGUAUAAACCCAUUGAUUCCAAAAGAGAGGAGUUUCGAAGAUACCUCGAACGAGCCGGCGUUAUGGACGCUCUAACAAAAGUUCUCGUUAGCUUGUAUGAGGAACCAGAUAAGCCCGAAGAUGCCCUUGAAUAUGUAAGAAAACAUCUCGGCACAGACGGUGGUGAUGACGAGUUGGAAGCUGCAAGGGCGCGCAUUGCGGAACUCGAAGCCGAAAAUGCGUUGCUCAAGGGUGAAACAGCACCCACAGAAGGAUAAAAUUUUGCUCAUAAUUUACUAUUAUUAUUACUUACCUACAUGCAUAAUGAUACAUGUUCAAUUGAAAGAUCUCAAUAAUGAUCUCAGAUUAUAAUAUUCUUGUUAAUUCUAGAGAAAUAUAUAACUUAGUGUUAUGAUUACUGUGAGAGUAUUAUUUUUGUUAUAAGUAUAUCUUAUUUGGCAGUGCAGGAAGCACUAUUAAAUUUUUUGUUUGAAUUACUUA